AUCAAUAAACCUGCAGGACGGAGACUAACCGUCGAAAAGAACGUUUUAAUUUCUUCAGUUUUUCUUCAGACUCCACAGGAUGAAUAUAUAUUUUUGUGGAAGUAUCAGAGGAGGAAGGCAGGAUGUGAAGAUUUAUCAAAAAAUCGUGCAGAAACUGCAGACCUACGGACAGGUUUUAAGCCACGAUGAUGUAUCAGAGAAAGGUGAGGAUGCUGUAUCAGGUGGAGACGAGGCUAUCUAUGACCGUGAUAUGGAGUGGCUGGCUCAGUCUGAUGUUGUAGUUGCUGAAGUAACCCAACCAUCUUUUGGCGUGGGUUAUGAAAUCGGUCAAGCCAUGGCCAUGAAAAAGCCGAUUCUCUGCCUUUUCCGACCCUCAUCAGGAAGAGUGCUGUCUGCAAUGAUACAGCGUGCUGAGGGCAAGUUGGGCAGACCUUUCUUUCAGGUACGGGAUUAUGAAGAAGAGGAUGUUGAAGGCGUAAUGGAGAAUUAUUUUGGUGAACUCACCAAGAUCUAAUAUGCAUUCAAAUUACACUCUAUGUCCAAACGCAUGUGACCUGAUGAUCACAGCUUGAACAUCUUUCCAAAACCAUGGCCAUUAAUAUGGAGCUUUGUCCAAUUUUCUGUGAAGGCUUUUCACUAGACCUUGAAUGUGACUGUGAGGACUGAGACACAAGAGCAUUAGUGAGGUCAGCACUGAUGUUGGGUGAGGAAGCCUGUUACACAGUAUGAGGUCUAUUUCAUCCCAGGUCAGAACUCUGUGCAGGUCACUCGAGUUCUUUCACUCCAACAUUUACAAACCAGGUCUAAAACAGAACAUGGGCCUCACAGACGCAUUGUUAUGAUGAAACAGGUUUAGGCCGCUUAGUUCCAGUUGAAGGGAAACAUAAUGCUACAGCAUACAAUGAUAUCCUCUAUAAUUGUGUGCUUUCAACUGUGUAAUAAGAGUUUGGGGAAGACCCACAUAUGGUGUGUUAUGGUCAAGUGUCCACAUACUUUUGGCCAUGUAGUGUAGAUCACUCAUAAUGUAAUGAGCAAGUUCAUUAUCCAGCUCUAGAAUGCUUUUUGUAAGUAGAGAUAUUCAGUUUAACAGAGGCACUUGAGUUUUAUAUAAAUUGCUGACACAUGAUGUUUUUGUGUUUUGUAAAAUAUGGGUGAUUUAAAAUAAGAUUCCACAAGCAUUACAAACAUUGUGAUAGAAAAUAUCAUAAUAAAGGGUUACGGUACAUUUUUACACAUA